UACGCCAGGUUUCUUCGAUGCAAGAGUAGUUGCUUGGGGUUUACGAACCCCAAAAUCUCAUCACUCCCUGUCUUCUGAAAACCAUAACUUUCUCAUGUUCAAUUGACGAUCGCUGUCAUUUCAUUCGAAAUUUGAGAAAACAUACUUCAGAAGAAAUGGGAGAAGCUGAUGACAGUGGAAGAUCGAAGAAAAUAGUAUUUGUGACUGUGGGCACCACUUGUUUUGAUGCUCUUGUCAAGGUGGUGGACUCUCAGCUAGGUAAAGAAGAAUUGUUCAGGAAAGGCUACACUGAUCUUCUCAUUCAAAUGGGUCGUGGAACAUAUACUCCCUCAAAGACUUCAGGAGAAGAUGGAUCUCUGGCUGUGGACUACUUUGCCUUUUCUCCAAGCGUUGCCGACUACAUGAGAUCUGCGUCUCUUAUAAUCAGUCAUGCAGGGUCGGGGAGCAUAUUUGAGGCAUUACGUUUGGGAAAACCUCUAAUUGUGGUUGUAAACGAGGAUUUGAUGGACAAUCAUCAAAGCGAGUUGGCUGAAGAACUAGCAGAGAGAAAACAUCUCCUUUGUGCCCGCCCUCAGACACUGCAUGAAGUUAUCAGGAGUAUGGACUUGGAGUCUCUCAUUCCUUACCCGCCAGCAGACGCCGCAACAGCUGCUAAGCUCAUAAACCGGUUUCUUGGAUUUCCUGAUGACUGAUUUCUGUUGACUAAUCAAGCUGUAGAUAUUCUACAAAUCAAUCAAUAUCUCUAUUGCUGGAAUUUGAUCUGGGCCCCACUUAGCAAGGGGGCAAAUCUGAGGCGGAGAAAGUCUUGUGGAGUCAUGGAUGAUGCUGAACCCCAUAGCGAGAAUUCUGAAUCGAAACCAACAAGGAAAAUGAUUACUUGAAAUAACGGUAAUUUGUCUCUAGACUUCCUCUUUGAGCCAUGAACUUUAAGGCAGGUUUGGAUGCACACAAUUUUGUGAUAUCCAUUAGAAUUAUCACCUUUGUGAAAAAUACCCACUUCCUAUAGUUAUCAUAAGCAAAAAUGUCUUUUUGAUGCUAAAAGGGCAUUGGUUAGUAAAAGAGUGUAGAGUAUUUCAUUGAAAUAGAACAUUUUAUAGCUUUGCUAGGCC